CUAGAGAAACCCACAUCACUAAAACUUUUAAUUCCCCCCUCUUUUCCCACACAAGUCCCUUAUCCGCCGCUCCUCCUCCGAAACCCUCCGCCGCUGCCGCCAUUUUCACGGUGGUGUUCUCUCCAGUAUCUGACUACCCUCCAUUAUCGACAACCCCUCAGAUGGCAGCAGCUGCACCAACUGUUUCCUCUGAUGCCACAGUCACUACUCCUUCCGAUGGUCCCGUCCUCAGCGUCGUCAACAAACGACUCCGUGCCCUACGCAAGAAAUACAACCGCAUCCUCCAGAUGGAAGAAUUCGUCUCCCAGGGGAAGCCCUUGAACAAAGAACAGGAAGAAGUCUUCCGUUCCAAACCCGCCGUCUCCGCCCUCAUUGACGAACUCGAGAAGCUUCGUCAGCCUCUCUCUUCCGCCGUAUCCGAAGAAAUCUCCCUCGCCUUACAGCAUCAAACCAUUUCUCCCCAACAAGCUACCUCACAACACCAGCCGGAGACCACUCAAGUUCAAGAAGAGCAUUCUGAUGAGCCCCACCGUGGCGUUGAGGAUCUCCUCAAGCUGCUCUAUUUCGGGUCGUUGUUCGAUGUUAAAUCUCAGAACGAUUUUACUUCCACCAUGUUGACUAGGACUCACGAGAGAGGCUGUUGCUUGACUUACGAUUACGUUACCGAUGAUGCUUCUGAUCUUCUCAGCGAGAAAGAUUUGGAUUCGAUUUCGAUGCUGAGUGGACUGUUGACUUCACGAUCUGUUGAUUCCAGUUUGUCUCACCAGAACGCUUUGAACCGCUGCAUCCACCAUGCCAAGCUUUGGCUUUCGCGUUCAGACCAACUUAUUGACCCCACUCUCGCCGUCUCCUAUGUUGAGUUGAGAUGUAGGCUUAAGAAGAUUAUGGAUUUGGAAUACUUCACAACCAUGCCGGAGAUGAAAGCUCCUGCUAAAUUGGCAGCUGCUACUGUUGGGACAUUUACUUCUUUUCAGGCCGAAGAUUCAAUCGGCCGAUUCGUGCAGAAGGAAGAAGAUGCAUCAAAUGUUCAAGAAUUUGAGACUAUUCAACUUAGUGCUGCAGAUGAACUUCACAAGAAUGAACCAGAUAUAGAAAAUGGUACAGAUGAUGUUCCAGUUCAACAGGAAAAUGGCAAACUACAGGAAGAUAUAGAGCAUAAUCAGAGAGAUAUUGAACCCAAUGAUCAACACUAUGUACCUCGAAGAACUUAUCAGAACCAAAGAGGUGGUCGGAGUAAUGGGGGUGGCCGUAGGGGUUAUUCCAAUGGUCGUGGAGCUCGAGGCAGUGGAAGGAGAGGUAGCGCUUACCAUCAAAACGGCCGUAGCCAGUAUUAUGAUCAAUCCAACAACUAUUAUCCUAGGAACUACAACAACAGCAGGGGAAGAGGUGGCAGGGGAGGUGGCCAUGCUUACAAUAAUCACAGGUCAGCAGUCCAGAAUGGUAGUUAUGUUGCGGCUGAUGUCAGUGUGGUCUCGUAACAGCUUUUUUCGGUGUCGCUAGGGCGACAAAAAUGUUUUUUUUUUGCAUGGAAAACAUUGUUUGACCAUAGGUUGAUCAUUGAUAUUGAUAUGGUACAAAUCAUGGGCACCCUAUUUAAACUUUUCUUUUGGCCGUUAGGUACUUCCAGUGGAUUCGUUGAUUUAGG